GUCGCUCGAUCGUUUGUUUCACGCUGGUUGUCGCGCGUACGAUGUCGCGACAAGGUGCAAUAAAAAUGUUCAAUUCACAGAAUAUCCCUAUUCUGAUAGAGGAGGUAAAGAAGCGCGAGUGCAUAUGGAACCCAGAAUGUGAGGAUUACAACGACAGAACUAUUGCUUCUAUUGCUUGGGGACAAAUUAGUGAUAUAUUGAACGUGCCAGAAAGCAAAGUGCGUAUGAAAUGGAAGACAAUUCGAGACUUGUUCAAACGGGAGGUGAGAAGGGCUCACAUCAAACAUGACAUCAAGGAAUACAAAGGCAAAUGGAAGUAUUUUAAGGCGCUUUGGUUCCUGCAGCAAUCGUACUACACAUCUACCGAAGAUUAUGAGGUCCUGGUAGUUGAACCUGACGAGUCGCCGAAACGUAUUAAAUUCGAGCCGUGUGAUGAAACGAGCUAUAGUGAAGAAUAUGCAAUCGAUCCACUGCCAGAAGACAGGUCAAGUCAGGUGAAAUCUGAAGAAGAUGAUUACGACCUGAUGUACCUUAAGAGUCUAACACCGUUUUUGAGGGAAUUAGAUCCGAUAAGGAAGUUAGUUGUUAGGAAUAAAAUUCAAGAUUUGAUACUGAAUGAAAUGGCCGCGCAAGCAUCAUCGCGGAAACACUGACAGUUUUACUCCAGGGAUUUUGAUUUAUCAAAGAAGAUCAAAGACUAGUACACACAUAGUGAAGUGUUCAUGUUAUGAUCUUUAUGUGUGACGAUCGAUGGUGAUAUUAGAAUAUACCUAAGUUGUUAAAAAAGAAUUUAUUACAGUACAAUCCGUUUUUUUUGUAUAGGUUAAUUUACUACAUUAAAUUGUUAGUUAAUUAAGAAAAAAUACGUAAAAUUCUUUUAUGUUGUAUUGUUUUGACGUUAUAAAUAUUCAUUGAAAUUACAAUCGCUGAUUAAAUGUAUACAUGCAAGUACUUUUAUGUUUUAAGCAAUCCUUUAUGGAUAAUUCCAGUAUUCAUUUUUAGUUACCAUUCCUAAGAUAUCGCGAUUAACGAAGUUUGAAUUGAAACAGUUGAUCACUAUGAGCCUACAGGAGUCAGACAUACAAACAUACUAAAAUUUCAUCAGAGCUACUAAAAGCGUGUUAAAAAAUAACUUAUUUCUGUGGUUUAUUAUCUGUCAUCUCAAGUAAUACAGUAUAUUGUUGAAUUGUUAGUCGUCAUUUAGUUUUAAGUAGGUAAGUGGAGAUUAAAAUUGCUGUAAAUAAAAAAAAUAUCGGUACG